AUGCUAUCUGGAAUUCUUAUUUUUAACCAAAAGGGCGAGAACUUGAUAUUUCGCUCUUUUCGCAACGACUGUCGACCUCGACUCGCAGACAUCUUCCGCAUCCAGGUCAUAUCAAAUGCGCAGGUCCGGUCUCCCAUAUUGACGCUGGGCUCCACAACGUUUAGCCAUGUCAAACAUGAGAAUAUAUAUCUGGUGGCAGUUACGAAGAGCAAUGCGAAUGCCGCGCUGGUGUUUGAAUUCUUAUACAAGCUCGUCUUGCUAGGCAAGGGGUACUUCGGGAAGUUCGACGAGGAGGCAGUGAAGAAUAAUUUUGUAUUGAUUUAUGAAUUGCUGGAUGAAAUUCUUGACUUUGGAUAUCCCCAAAACACCGAGACGGAUACGCUGAAGAUGUAUAUAACUACCGAAGGAGUCAAGUCGUCAAUUGUCAACUCGCCCACUGAUUCGAGCCGCAUCACCAUGCAAGCAACCGGUGCGCUAUCGUGGCGACGAUCCGAUAUCAAGUACCGGAAAAACGAAGCUUUCGUCGACGUGAUCGAGGACGUCAACCUCCUGAUGUCCGCCACGGGCACAGUACUACGAGCAGACGUGAACGGACACAUCGUCAUGCGAACAUAUCUCACAGGAACGCCAGAAUGCAAGUUCGGACUUAACGAUAGACUAUUAUUGGAUAACGACGAUGCUGGAGGCAUGCCUGGAAAACCAAAAACCACACGCGCAGCAGCAGGAAGCGUUACGCUUGAAGAUUGCCAGUUCCAUCAGUGCGUCAAGCUAGGGCAGUUUGACGCUGACCGAAUCAUCUCUUUCGUCCCUCCGGAUGGAGAGUUUGAGUUAAUGAGAUAUCGGGCCACGGAAAACGUGAAUCUCCCCUUUAAAGUGCACCCUAUCGUCCGCGAGAUAGGAACCACGAAGGUUGAAUAUAGCAUUGCUAUAAAGGCCAACUACGGUCCCAAGUUGUUUGCUACGAAUGUCAUCGUCCGUAUACCUACGCCGCUUAAUACAGCGAAGAUCACUGAGCGUACGACGCAAGGGCGGGCAAAGUAUGAACCUGAGCAGAAUAAUAUAGUUUGGAAAAUUGCGAGGUUUUCCGGACAGAGCGAGUUUGUUCUUACAGCGGAGGCUACUUUGACGUCCAUGACGCAGCAGAAGACCUGGAGCCGGCCACCUCUCAAUCUAGCAUUUAGCUUGCUUAUGUUCACAAGUAGUGGACUGCUAGUGAGGUACUUGAAAGUUUUCGAGAAGGGCAAUUACAGUAGUGUGAAGUGGGUUCGAUAUAUGACCCGUGCCGGGAGCUAUGAAAUAAGGUAA